AUUUCAGGGCCAAUUCACUCUUGCCUCUCCUUUUCCUUUAAUCCAGCCGACCUAGUAUUCAUCUAACAAAUAUCCCGAGUACCCAAAUACUGGGCACGUUUGGUGCUGUAGUGGAAUAUGUGAGUGGUGCAAAUGAAGCAAGAGCAAAUACGUCGGAGGAGAAUUAAGUGCGAAAUUACAGGACAGAUUAUCAGUGCUAAUAGUUCAGAGAAAGAAUACAAAGUUCACUAGUCCACCAAACCACCCUUCUAAAUGCUCCACCUGUCGAUAGCAGGACCAUAGGGCAGCUACCCUGAGAAUCCGUGGGCCUUUAGAGUUCCAACUCUUUUGUUUUAAGAAGGACAGACUAGGCACGGGAAAGGCCUCGGCAGAGAUGAGUCUAGAACCUGGGACUCGUGAAGUUCUGAAAGGAUGUCCUGACGGUCCAUGGCGCUUCUGUAGGGGUCUCUAGAAUGCGCGGGGUGCCAGAUCCAAAAGCAGGCCAGGUUUCCUGGACAAGUUACAGUGCCUGUUGCUACCGAGAGGUGGUGGAGGUUGGGGGCGGGGAGGUCACGAGGCACCACGCCUCCGGCGCCAAGGCCCCUGAUAUCCGUGGGCAGGGUCCAGGGCCACCGGUCUCUGCUGUCCUCAACUGCAAGGCUGUCUCUGCCGCCCUUGCACCCCAGAAGCCAGUCUGAGCCGCAGUGACUUCAAGUCACUCGGAAUCGCCCGUCGCGGGUUGACACGGGCUGCAAGGAGGUAGAUCUCUGGAAGUCCCGCGGCACUACUUGUCCCAGCGGAGGGAUCCGCACUCAUCGAAGAAGCCACGACCGCGGAGGACCGUGACGUCGCUGACGCCAGUCCGGUGGCGCAGCGACGUCGCAGGAGGUGGAAGCAGUGGCAGAGGGACGAAGGCGGGAGGGGGAACUGGUCGGGAAGUAGUUCCGGGUGCGCGGCCCCGGAUGUUGGCUGCUCCCGCUGCCGCCGCCGCUGUCGGCGCUGCUCGGGGCCUCAGUCGUUCGCACCAGACGCCGUUGGGAUCUUGCUCCGGGGGCGGAGACUCACGUAGCGGCCGGGGGCUCGGCCGGGCCGUCCCGGCCUGCGCAGCCUGAGAUCUCUUUGUGGCCAGAUGGGUUUGUAUGGACAAACUUGUCCAUCUGUAACUUCAUUAAGAUGAAGUAUGGUAGCAAAACUGGUGGAUUGGUGUCUGAAGAUCUGGACUCUGGUUUUAGGAUGACAUCUGAACUGGAGAGCAGCCUAACAUCUAUGGACUGGUUACCACAGCUCACCAUGAGAGCAGCCAUCCAAAAAUCUGAUGCUACACAAAAUGCACAUGGAACAGGAAUUUCUAAGAAGAAUGCACUCCUUGACCCAAAUACAACUCUGGACCAGGAAGAAGUCCAACAGCAUAAAGAUGGGAAACCUCCAUACAGUUAUGCCAGCCUCAUUACAUUUGCAAUUAAUAGCUCACCGAAAAAGAAAAUGACUUUAAGUGAGAUUUAUCAGUGGAUUUGUGAUAACUUCCCGUAUUAUAGAGAGGCUGGCAGUGGUUGGAAGAAUUCUAUACGACAUAAUCUGUCAUUAAACAAGUGUUUCCUUAAAGUGCCUCGAUCCAAGGAUGACCCCGGAAAGGGGUCCUAUUGGGCAAUAGACACCAAUCCGAAGGAAGAUGCGCUGCCUACUCGGCCAAAGAAGAGGGCGCGAUCUGUAGAACGGGCCUCAACUCCAUAUAGCAUAGAUUCAGAUUCUUUGGGAAUGGAGUGUAUUAUUUCUGGAAGUGCCUCUCCAACUCUGGCAAUCAACACUGUGACUAACAAAGUAACAUUGUAUAACACUGAUCAGGAUGGUAGUGAUAGUCCACGAAGUAGCCUUAACAACAGCCUCUCAGAUCAGAGUUUGGCUUCUGUUAAUUUGAACAGUGUUGGAAGUGUGCAUAGUUAUACACCGGUGACAAACCAUCCAGAACCAGUCUCUCAAUCAUUAACUCCUCAGCAGCAGCCACAAUACAACCUUCCAGAACGAGACAAGCAACUACUUUUCUCAGAAUAUAAUUUUGAAGAUCUUAGUGCCUCAUUUCGGAGCCUUUAUAAGUCAGUUUUUGAGCAGUCACUUAGUCAACAAGGUUUGAUGAACAUCCCUUCUGAAUCUUCCCAGCAGUCCCACACUUCAUGUUCCUAUCAGCACUCUCCUAACAAUACAGUGAGCACUCACCCACACAGCAACCAAAGUAGCCUGUCCAACAGUCAUGGCAGUGGCCUCAACACCACAGGCAGUAAUUCAGUUGCACAGGUCUCACUGUCCCAUCCCCAGAUGCAUACACAAUCAUCUUCACAUCCACCCCAUCGACCACACAGUUUAUCACAGCAUCCACAGCGUCCCCAGCACCCAGCACCGCACCCACAGCAACAUAGCCAGCUCCAGUCCCCUCACACCCAGCACCCCUCUCCACAUCAACACAUACAGCACCAUCCGAACCAUCAGCAUCAGACGUUAACACAUCAGGCACCCCCACCCCCACAACAGGUGUCCUGUAAUUCUGGUGUUUCAAAUGAUUGGUAUGCAACACUUGAUAUGCUAAAAGAAAGUUGUCGAAUUGCCAGCAGUGUUAAUUGGUCAGACGUAGACCUUUCACAGUUUCAAGGUCUGAUGGAGAGUAUGAGACAGGCAGAUCUCAAGAACUGGUCUUUAGAUCAGGUUCAAUUUGCUGAUCUCUGUUCUUCUCUUAAUCAGUUCUUUACACAAACUGGCCUUAUCCACUCACAGAGUAACGUGCAGCAAAAUGUUUGUCAUGGUGCCAUGCAUCCAGCAAAACCUUCCCAGCACAUUGGAACAGGAAAUUUGUACAUAGAUUCUAGGCAAAAUCUCCCUCCUUCAGUGAUGCCACCCCCUGGUUAUCCUCAUAUCUCACAGGCCCUCAGCACUCCAGGAACAACGAUGGCAGGCCAUCAUGGAACCAUGAACCAGCAGCACAUGAUGCCUUCCCAAGCCUUCCAGAUGCGCCGUUCCCUGCCUCCAGAUGACAUCCAGGAUGACUUUGAUUGGGAUUCAAUUGUGUAGGGCUUUUUUUGCAAGACACCAGACCCCAGUGUUUCCUUUCUGUGCAGUGAAGGAAAAGGUUUAAGAGAAUCCAGUUGAGAAAACAAACUUGCUAAUCACUUUACCAAUGUUAUCAAAAUUUCUUUUGAAGACAAUCAAAAAGAUUUUAGCUGGAUAACUUACUGCUUUUAUCUGAUCCAAACAAGUACUACAUGUUUGUCUCCCUGCCAGCUGCCCUAUGUAGCUCCUAACUGUUGUGUGAUUUGGACGGCUUUUUGCAUAUUUGUGUCAGUUUGAUGUUAACCACAAGUGCCAGACUGAUUUUUCAGACAGAGCCUAUUUUGCUGCAAGCAGUUUAUAGACAUAUAUGUGUAAAUAUAUGUAUAAAAAUUAUUGAAAGGCUUCAGUUUUUCUAAUUGGAUUAUUAUGUCUUGAAAAGAAAGUUAUUGUCAGUUUUUAUUCCUUGUUAGGCUAUUUUCUGCAGGAUGCUUUUAACUGAAGUAGGGAACUGAAAGGAAAUAGAUUUUUCCAAAGCCCAGUUUCUCUCAUUUAAUCUUUUUCAGAAAUGUGAGUAAUGAGUUCUACACUAGUAAGUCAAGGAACCCAGCUUUUGAAACUCUCCGAACAAUCCAAAGGGGCAGUUUAUUCCGGAGAAGCAUAAAGAACUGACCAAAUUUGUUUUGAUGCUUGGGGGAGUAUAGAGUAUAUGUUGUACCCUGUCAGUGUCUGUUUUUCUAAAUCUGCAUUAUAACAGGUCUAAAAUUUGUUUAUGGAUUAGAAGCUGGACAUUGCUUGGGUCUUUAAACAAAUCAGUGCUUCCAUGUUCACAUAUGUAUUUAUUAUUCAAAAGUGUUAUUUUAAUAUUUAUUGCUACCUUCUGUGAAUGCUCAGCUCUGUUGGGUUCAUUAUGGGGAAAUGUGUCUCAAAGCACAGAAUUAUUUUUCUUGGUAAGAGUUUACAGACAAGACAAUCAGAGGGAUACUGUGUCAUUCUCUAUCAUCACUCCUUUUACCAUAUGAGUAUGUUUCUCUAUCUUAGCAUUCCUAUGGAUUACUUAUUAUUUAAGUAAUAUUUUUAUGGAAUUUGAAUCAGAUUUCAUUUGGGCAAUAGAACAGCAGGGCAGUGUUGAUGAAGCAAGUUCCUGCACUCAUUCUUUUCAUCUAGGUAGCACUGACAGGAAGAUAGAGCCACACGUGGAUUUUUUUGUUUCAGUCUCCGGUGCCCAUAUUAUGUAGCCUGUUGUUUCUGUUCGCCUGUGUGUCUGUGUGUGCAUGACGUUUGGUCACUUUCUUUGAAAUGCAGCCCACCUCUUAGGGGUUUUUAUUAGUAAUUUUAUUUCAUAUAUCACAAUUACUUUGCAUGGAUUGAUUGUUUUAGUUUUAUAAUAAAACAAGAAAUGAUAAAACUUGAAGAAAUGAGAUGUUUUUUAAUGAAUAGGUUUUGAGUUGGUUUAGACAAAAAAAAAACCCUUUUAAUUCUAAUGGGGAAAUAUGUUCCAUUAAAUCAAAGAGUAAUAACUGCUCACCAGCAUUUCUGGUCUCUAUCAGCCAUGCUAAAUCACUUUAAUUAGCCUUAGUGAUUCUAUGGUUGAGUAAUCUCUACUUGAACUAAACAAACAUCUUUGUUUCUGUGUGUUUCUGCGUGUGUGCGCAUGCAUGCAUGUGCAUUUGUGAGAGAUUGUGUGUGUCUGUGUGAAAGUGUGUAUUUUUUUUAAUGGAGUGUUGCCUUGAAUGAAUCACUGGGAAGCCAGCCAUGGUUAAGGUCUGGUGAAGUUGGGGAGAAAGGAAGAGCUUUGUGUUUCUCUGUUGUUUGGAUCCUGCUUGGCAUGAAAAAGCUCAGUUCCAGCCCCUUGGUUCAACGAAAAUCAGAGGAUUCUGGAAAGGCAGCCAACUGGCCCCUCUUAGAAGGAUCAGAGCAAGAUGAGAUGGCAGCCUGCAGAGUAAAGCUUGAAAAAAGGGGGGCAAUUUUCAAUAGUCUGCUCAAGUCACUGUUUUCUAGACACCAAAAUAACUGUUUGAAACUGUUUAAAUUGCUUGGGUAGCAAUGCGCACUUUAAACAAUUUGGGUAUUGGAAUGCAAUCUCUUGUACUGAGUGAUUUGGGUAGAGCCACUGAUAAUGAUUUUACAAAUUGUGUGAAGCUAAUUUCCCAUUUGGCAAUCAUUUACUGAUUUGCAGUGAUCAAUAUUUUUAUGAGAAUUUAAACUUACCAAGAAUGACCCUGGAGGCAUAGCUUUCAUCAGACCCAUCCUACUCUUCAGGUGGCUGAGGAGCCUCAGACAGGCCUUCUCUGUGGGCCCUGCCCUGACAGGGCUACCUGAUAAAGUGCAGAGAGUCCCUCUAGUGGUCAUUUCACUUGGUAGGUAUUAAUGUAGAGCAAGUUUUAAAUUGAUUGAAGACUUUUGGGGAAAACAAUAAUAAAUGCAUGUAAUCAAAUGGGGGCACUCUGUCCAGGAGAAUAAUCCGACUGGCAUUUGUGGCAGUUUUUGAAAUGUAAAUGUAUUCAUGUGUUUCUUGUAAAUACUUGUCUCAGAUGUUCUUUGAAGUGGGAGGGAAUCAAUCCGGGGAUAAUUUCAAAUGGAAUAGAGUAUUUUGAUAUUGUUCAUUCAGAGGGUGAUGUGUACAUAUCUAUAUUGUAUAUAUGUGAUGAAAAUGCAUUGGCUUUUUGUGUAAACACAACUUGCUCUCUGUACUGCUGUUGGACAGACAGUGUUUUAAUGUUUCUACAGUUUUGCUAUUGCACGAUUUCAUAUUUUGCCUCUAUGAUGAACGGCACCCAUUCUUUGUAACUGUUUAGUGCUGUAAAGAAAUAUUCCAAGUGUCAUUAGGAUUGUUGCUGCCAGAACUGAUGUGCAUGAAUGGCACUUAAAAUAAAUAUAUUAUGUUAACUCUA